UUAGUGGAAAGUGUUGGGCACAUGGAAUGGAACAUGACCAUCUCCCACAAACGCCAAUAUAAUCCAUUAUCUUAAUCUCUGCUUUCUCCACUGACACUCAGACGACCAAAAACCACCCAAAGUAGCUGCCUGCCUUAUUCCCAAUGGAAGCAGCCGUUUCAUCUCUGCACCUUUCCUCACCUGCCAUUCAUGGAAGUUUACGAACCAGUGAUUUCAUGUUUUUGGGUGUCCCAAAACCUCCUUCAUUUCUCAACCCAAAACUAAAAGCCUUUGCUGCCAUCAGAUGUCAAUCCACAAGUACCAAAGAACCUAAAGCUAAAAGGAAUCUCUUGGAUAAUGCAAGCAACCUUCUUACCAAUUUCCUAAGUGGAGGAAGUCUUGGUUCUAUGCCUGUUGCUGAAGGUGCUGUUUCUGAUUUGUUUGGUCGACCUCUCUUCUUCUCUUUGUAUGAUUGGUUCUUAGAGCAUGGCUCGGUGUAUAAACUUGCUUUUGGACCAAAAGCUUUUGUUGUUGUAUCAGAUCCUAUUGUUGUCAAGCAUAUUCUUCGCGAAAAUGCGUUUUCCUUUGACAAGGGAGUUCUUGCUGAUAUACUAGAACCGAUAAUGGGGAAAGGACUUAUACCUGCUGACCUGGACACAUGGAAACAAAGAAGAAGAGUUAUUGCUCCUGGGUUCCAUGCACUAUACUUGGAAGCUAUGGUCAAAGUAUUCACUGAUUGUUCAGGACGAACAACCGAAAAAUUUGAAAAGCUUUUAGAUGGAGAACGUUCACGUGGAGGAGAUGCAAUUGAGUUAGACCUUGAAGCAGAAUUUUCAAGCUUAGCUCUGGAUAUUAUUGGACUCGGUGUCUUCAACUAUGACUUCGGUUCUGUUACAAAAGAAUCUCCUGUAAUUCAGGCAGUGUAUGGUACUCUCUUUGAAGCUGAGCAUAGAUCUACCUUUUACAUCCCAUACUGGAAAAUUCCUCUGGCAAGGUGGGUGGUACCUAGACAACGGAAGUUCCACUAUGACCUUAAGAUCAUCAAUGACUGCCUUGAUGGACUCAUCAGAAAUGCAAAAGAUAGCAGACAGGAAGCGGAUGUUGAAAAGCUGCAGCAAAGGGACUACUUGAAUAUUAAGGAUGCAAGUGUUUUGCGUUUUUUGGUGGACAUGAGGGGAGCUGAUGUUGAUGAUCGUCAGCUGAGAGAUGAUCUAAUGACGAUGCUUAUUGCUGGCCAUGAAACAACUGCAGCUGUUCUUACUUGGGCUGUUUUCCUUCUUGCACAAAACCCGUCUAAAAUUAAAAAAGCUCAAGCGGAGGUCGAUUCAGUUCUAGGCCAAGAGAGUCCAACUUUUGAAUCAAUUAAAAAGUUAGAGUACAUAAGACUUAUUAUCGUAGAGUCUCUUCGUUUAUAUCCUCAACCUCCAUUGCUUAUCAGACGUGCACUUGAAGAAGUUGUAUUACCAGGUGGUUACAAAGGUGACAAAGAUGGCUACACCAUUCCUGCUGGGACUGACAUCUUCAUUUCUGUAUAUAAUCUUCAUAGAUCUCCAUAUUUUUGGGACCAGCCCCAUGAUUUUGUUCCAGAGAGGUUUCGGGUACAAAAGGAGAGUGAAGGCAUUGAAGGAUGGGCUGGUUUUGACCCGUCUCGGAGCCCCGGAGCAUUAUAUCCUAAUGAGAUUAUAUCUGAUUUUGCUUUCUUACCCUUCGGCGGGGGACCGAGAAAGUGCGUGGGAGAUCAAUUCGCACUCAUGGAGUCAACUGUGGCAUUAGCCAUGUUGUUGCAAAAGUUUGAUGUGGAACUAAGAGGAUCUCCUGAAUCCGUGGAGCUAGUUACAGGAGCAACAAUUCACACCAAGAAUGGAUUGUGGUGCAAGCUAAAGAGGAGGUCUAAUGGCUAUUGAUAUUUGUUCUUCACCUUUGUAUCUAAACUUAUAGAAAGUGUACAACGUAUUUUUGGACUUACUGAAAAGGAAAUUAAAUAUAUGGGUUUACUCUACAAAUGGUAGAGAUUGAUUCA